AUGGGGAGGGCACCUUGCUGCGACAAGGCAAACGUGAAGAAAGGGCCAUGGUCACCAGAAGAAGACGCCAAGCUCAAGUCCUAUAUUGACCACAACGGCACCGGCGGCAACUGGAUCGCUCUCCCUCAGAAGAUCGGGCUGAAGAGAUGUGGGAAGAGCUGCCGGCUGAGAUGGCUAAACUACCUCCGACCAAACAUCAAACACGGUGGCUUCUCCGAGGAAGAAGACAACCUCAUCUGCAGCCUUUACAUCAGCAUCGGCAGCAGGUAUAGCCUCUACAUCUAUAAAUCCAGAUGGUCGAUAAUAGCGGCACAACUGCCGGGGAGGACGGACAACGACAUAAAGAACUACUGGAACACCCGGCUGAAGAAGAAGCUGCUGGGCAAGCAGCGCAAAGACCACCACCACCGCCGCCUCAAAUCCACCAAUACCACCGCUGCACCUCCAAACCACCAACACGACCUAGCCAUGAGCUCCCAAUUAGCUGCACCUGAUUCUUCAGAUAAUAGUACUACUACUACCACCACCGUUCACGACAGUUUGGUGGUUGACCUCCCACACCAUCACUACUGGCCCACGGCAGCCGCAACCGCAGGGCUGCCUCCAAUACCCUACUCCAGCGAGGAGCCCCGCCUCAACGACCACGCCUCCAUUCGCAAGCUCCUCAUCAAGCUCGGCGGCAGAUUCUCAAACUGCUCCGCCUCUCACCACCACCAACAACUAAUAGUGCCCGAGACCACCACCGCCCCACUAUUCGAAGCAGCUUCAGCUUCCGUGGAGGGUUCGGAAGCACUAGGGCGCCACCACUACUGUGACAUGGACGGCGGGGUGCUGCUCGAGAUGCUGCAAGGGAAUACUACUAGUCAUCGUGAUGAUGGUGAAGACGCCGACCACGAAAGGCUAGAGUACGGGCUGGAGUUUCUGUUGUCGGGCUCGGACGGCGAGCAGCAAGGCAUCAUGUCCAACGGUGAACCGUCCGAUCAGUUGGUUUAUGAUGAACAACACAACAAUCAUCCCAUAUUUCAGGGGGAUUAUCAUAAUGCUUUUGAUGAGCUGAGGCCGUACCCACACCAAGCAGGAUCCAUGUAA